CAAAGCAGGAGAUGAAGCAUCGCUGAAUAUGUUUCCAAACCAACUUCAUUCUAAGCCAAAGACUAGAAAAUAUGGUGAAGCACAUCUUCCCUUUGGCUUCAACUGCACAAGUGCUGAGGUACCGCCCUUGCUGCCAGUUGGAGAGAGGAGACCCAGACAGGGCGCUCACCCCCCUUAAAGUAAGAAACUGCAGUACCUAUUUGUCAAAUUCAACAGGAAGAAUGACGAGCAGAAAUAACCCUCCAAGAGACAAUUUUAAGGAAUCAACACGCUCCCAGGAUAAGGAAAAUAUCCCACCUCCUGAUCUAAGUCCUGUUGCAAAGGAAGAAGAGCCUCAUCUGACCCAUUCUUUUGAGUGGAGUUACAGGAAGAACAUCUAUACCCAUACCUGCAAUCAAGCGCAAACUAUUGAGGACUGCCUGAAGAAAAGUCCAAAGUUCAAAGCAGCUGCAGAAAAGCAGGAGGGCAAAGAGCUUGUUAUUGUAAGAAGUGGGAAAGCGAUAGCUUCACACUUUCCAUGCAGAGUAAUUAAAAAUGAACGUCUGACUCUGAAGUUUGUGAAAGCUGUGGAGAAGCCAAAGAAACCAGUUAGCGGCUCUGGUUAUCCCUGCAAAAAGAGACAAUCUAGCAAGCCUGUGAUAUUUCAUGUCAUGGCACGAGGAGGUAAAAAUGUUGUCAGAAUCCUGAAAAAUCCUGAACUAAGAAAAGACAUGCAGGAAAUUACUGUUUAUGCAUAUGAAGGGGAAAAAGUGAAGCAAGCUCUACGAAGAGAUGGUCGUUUUCUCAAUACCAUGUUCAAAAAGAAUUGUGUGCUCUUUAACAUGCGCACUGAAGUGAACACAGAGAUGUGCAAUCUGGUUGACGACCUUGCUGAUGAAACUUUUAAGAUCAAAUUGCUCGACAAGUCUGAUCCACCAGAAAGUCAGCCUGGCAGUCUUGAUGACGCUUACGUGCUGCAGAGUGAAUCUCAGGCAGGUGAUUCUGGUGUGUAUGAGGCGCUUUCACAGCAGACUAACACAGUCGAAUCAGACCGACAAUGUAGCAAAAAAGAAACCAAAUCUGUGUGGAAAUAUUUAUUUAAAACAGAUGCAAAAUUGUUUGUCUUCAGAAUUUAA